UUUGUGCUGAGAAUUGGUGUCUGGGUGUGUCCCAUACCAAACGGGUGUGGGGGGUGAGGACUCCCUUGCAUUGGUUCCGGAAAUUGAAUCAUAACUGGGUUCGAUCUACAGGAUCCCCAACCCAGUUCUCAUUUUCCAGACUGGCCGGCUCCCAUUCACUUCAUCCAACAGCAGCUAAUUGGGUUGUAAAACAGGCUCCUUUAGAACAGUUUUAUCUGUCAUGGAAAAACGGGAGACAUUUGUCCAAGCGGUUUCUAAGGAACUGGUUGAAGAUUUUCUGCAGUUUGUUCAACUUGACAAAGAUUCUUCUGAUCCUUUCAGCUUAAGUGAGUUACUCGAUGAAUUAUCAAGGAAACAGAAAGAAGAAUUAUGGCAAAGGCUGAAGGACUUACUGACAGAAACGUUGUUAGAAAGCCCUGUGGAUGGGUGGCAGACAGUGGAAGACCAGGGUGAAGAUGGAAUGGAAUCAGAGCACAGUCCAAAGAUGAAAAAGAGCAUAGAAAUAACACAUGCAAUUACAUCUGUAAUUCUUGCUUCUAUAUCUGUAAUAAAUGAACAUGAGAACUAUGGGGCCCUCCUGGAGUGUGCUGUUAUAUUAAAUGGUAUUUUGUAUGCACUACCUGAAUCUGAACAAAAACUCCAGAACUCUAUUCAGGAUCUGUGUGUCAAAUGGUGGGAAAAGGGCCUGCCUGCCAAGGAGGACAUGGGAAAGACUGCAUUUGUCAUGCUGCUAAGGAGAAGUCUGGAGACCAAAACAGUCGCAGAUGUGUGUCGGUUGUGGCGCAUCCAUCAGGCUUUAUACUGCUUUGCUUAUGAUUUGGAGGAAAACAGAGACAUUAAAGACAUGCUGCUCGAGUGCUUCAUAAAUGUUAAUUAUAUCAAGAAGGAGGAGGGAAGAAGAUUUCUUAGUUUUCUCUUCAGUUGGAAUAUAGACUUUAUUAAAAUGAUCCAUGAGACCAUUAAAAAUCAGUUGUCUGGAUUACAAAAGUCUUUGAUGGUGCACAUUGCAGAAAUUUAUUUCAGAGCUUGGAAAAAGGCCUCAGGGAAAAUGUUGGAGACCAUUGAAAAUGACUGCAUCCAGGACUUCAUGUUCCAUGGCAUCCACCUUCCAAGGAGGUCUCCAGUGCACUCCAAAGUACGAGAGGUGCUGAGUUACUUUCACCAACAGAAAGUCCGUCAGGGAGUGGAAGAGAUGCUGUAUAGGUUGUAUAAGCCCAUCCUCUGGAGAGGACUGAAGGCCAGGAAUUCUGAAGUUCGGUCAAAUGCUGCGUUGUUGUUUGUCGAAGCAUUUCCUGUUAGAGACCCAAACUUCAUCGCCGCUGAAAUGGACAGUGAAAUCCAGAAGCAGUUUGAAGAGCUCUAUAGCCUUUUAGAAGAUCCUUAUCCGAGGGUCCGUUCCACAGGCAUCCUUGGUGUUUGUAAAAUAACGUGUAAAUACUGGGAAAUGAUGCCCCCAACCAUUCUCGUUGACCUCUUGAAGAAAGUCACAGGGGAGCUGGCGUUUGAUACAAGUUCAGCUGAUGUUCGUUGUUCUGUUUUUAAGUGCUUGCCCAUUAUUUUGGAUAACAAACUGAGCCACCCAUUAUUAGAACAACUUUUGCCACCACUCAGGUACAGUCUCCACGAUAAUUCAGAGAAAGUGAGGGUGGCUUUUGUGGACUUGUUGCUGAAAAUCAAAGCCGUGAGAGCUGCAAAGUUUUGGAAAAUAUGCCCCAUGGAGGACAUUUUAGUUCGCCUUGAAAUGGACUCUCGGCCUGUGUCUCGGCGCCUGGUGAGCCUCAUCUUCAAUUCUUUUCUGCCCGUGAACCAGCCAGAGGAGGUGUGGUGCGAGCGAUGUGUCACACUGAUCCAGAUGAACCGUGCAGCUGCCAGGAAGUUCUACCAGUAUGCCCACGAGCACACCGCCAGCACCAACAUAGCAAAGCUCAUCCACGUCAUCCGCCACUGCUUGAAUGCCUGUAUCCAGAGGACUCUUCGAGAGUGUCCAGAGGCCCAUAAGGAGUGCGAGAAGGAGAACGCCAGUGUACUAGACAAAACAUUGUCAGUGAAUGACACUGCGUCCAUGGCGGGUCUGCUAGAAAUCAUUGUGAUCCUCUGGAAGAACAUCCAGAGAAGUCUGGAAAAUAAUAAAGAGGCCAAAGUUUAUACCAUUAACAAGUUUGCAUCUGUGCUUCCAGAGUAUCUGAAGGUGUUCAAGGACGAGCGCUGCAAGAUCCCGUUGUUCAUGCUGAUGUCCUUCUUGCCAGCCUCUGCUGUCCCUGUGUUCAGCUGUGGUGUGAUUUCUGUCCUGAGGAGUCAGGAGGAGAGUGUUACAGGCAGGAGCUACUGUACCUUGCUGGAUUGUCUCUGUUCCUGGGGACAAGUAUCGCAUGUCUUGGAGCUUGUUGUUAACUGGCUGCCUACAAGGCCACCUCAGACCAAGAGUAAUUUGGCCUCUAAACGUAAAGUGCAAAUCAAUGACACAUGCCCAGUGAAACCUGAGUUAGCAUUGUUGUACAUGGAGUAUUUGCUGACCCAUCCAAAGAAUCGAGAGUGUCUGCUCUCUGCACCCCAGAAGAAACUUAACCAGCUUUUAAAGGCACUUGAGGGAUCCAAGGCAGAUCUGGAAUCACUUCUUCAGUCUCCAAGUGGGAAUGCCCUCAACUUCAACAAAGCAACUGCCCUGCAUGCCUUUGGUCUCUACUGUAGGCUGAGCGUCCAUCUUCAGUACAAGUUCUGCUCAGAAGAGAAAAUACAUCUGUCCAUCUUGAAUGAAACUGGAUCUUGGUUAGAAAACAAAGUUUUACCUCUUCUUCAAGACCAAGAAGAAGAGUAUCUGAAGCUUCGGAGCGACAUCUAUCAGCAGGUUAUCCAGACUUACCUGGCUGUGUGUAAAGAUGUUGUCAUGGUGGGCCUUGGAGACCCUAAAUUUCAGAUACAACUUUUACAGAGGAGUCUCGUAAUAAUGAAAACAGUGAAGGGAUUUUUUUACAUUUCAUUACUUCUUGGCAUUCUGAAGGAGAUAACUGGAAACUCCAUGAUUCAGAAAACAGAUUCAGAUGAAGAAGUCACAAUGCUGUUUGACUCAGUCCAGGAAGUAUUUCAGAAGAUGUUGGAAUGUGUUGCCUGGACCUUCAGGAAGCAGCCAGAAGAAAGUCUGCCGCUCUUUCAUUCUGUCCAGACCCUUCUUCAUGAAUUUAUCAGCACUAUCCAGUCCUGGUACAAGGACACUGCAGUCCACCAUGGUGUUCUUUCUACAUUGAUUGCUGCGCCUGUGGUUGAAAUAAGUCAUCAGCUGCGGAAGGUCUCUAAUAUAGAAGAACUGACCACACCACAGUGUCUUGCUGACCUUCCUCCAUUUUCAAGGUGUUUAGUGGGAGUAAUAAUGAGGUCUUCGGAUGUGGUCAGGUCAUUUUUGGAUGAGCUAAAGGCGUGUGUAACCUCUGGUGAUAUUGAAGGCAUUGUGUGCCUCACAGCUGUUCUGCAUAUUAUUUUGAUUAUUAACAAAGGUAAACAUAGAAGUGCAAAGCUGAAGGAGGCUGUAGAGACUGUGAACAGAAAGCUGAAGACAUUUAUGGAGAUCACUUUGGAAGAGGAUAGCCUCGAAAGGUUCCUGUAUGAAUCUUCAAUGAGAACUUUGGGAGAAUUUCUGAAUUCAUGACAAAACCACCAUCUUUGGGUGUGUAGAAAUAGAGACUCAUAGGGUGAAAUGUGUGCGUAUCUUUCUUGCUUUCUCUUCUUUUGUCAGACUAAGCCUGGAGGCCUGAGUCUGUAGCUACCCAAAGAUGAAGGCCAGUACAGCACUGGUGCUCUACCAUACACACUGUGCCUUUAACCAGCUGGCAGAGAUGGAGAGUGGUAAAGAUAAGUGGGAGGAAGACUGGCAAGCAGCUUGCACUCUUCCCUAGAAGCCCUGGCAAUUCGUUUGGGAACUGUGGCCUUGGCCAGCUCUUGAGCUCGUUGGCCUAUGACUUACCCACUAUUUAUUAUUUGUUGUGAAAUUUUCGCUGGAACAGAUUUUUCUUGGGUCUUUCAGCAGGGCUGCCAUUAGCCCACACAGGACCUCUGUUCAGAUGAUGAAAAGAAUCGCUUCGCCAAGACAUUCUACUGCCAUCUGUUGUACAGUUGUAAUAAAUACACCAAUGCACAGCACUGAUACAAAGUGUCUGCUUACUCCAUUGCACUUGUGUUGUGCUCAACUUUUACAUCUGAACCCAGCAGCCCUGCUCCAGAGGCAGUGCCCUCCUUCCAUUGAAGGUCAUUAUCGGAUCAGAGAAGACUUCUUGUUUGAGUGUUGCUGUGUACCAUACACAGUUAGGGAGAGAGCAAAAAUCAAGCUCAAAAAUGCCUGCCAAAGGAAGUGAAUUGAGGAAGGCCUAUGCUAGGAGUGAGUUGCUACGUAGAAACGAUUGUCAUAUCUUAAGGCCAUGGUAGAGUGUUGCUCAGUGGACGCAUAUGCCCAAUUGGCCCUGUUUUUCCUCUGCAGGUCUAUGGCAGAGGCACAGGCCUUUUCCUAUAUUGAUGAUUAUAGGAGAGUAAGCAGAGAACUCAAGAGUUAAAGGUUUGUCCAGGGCCUGUAUAAAUAAUGGAUUAAUAGCUGUGCAGUGGUGGUACACUCUUUUAAUCCAAGCACUUGGGUAGCAGAGGCAGGAUGAUCUCUAUGAGUUUGAGGCCAGCCUGAUAUACAGAGUGAGUUCCAGGACAGCCAAGGCUAUACAGAGAAACCCUGUCUUGAAAAAUAGAAACAACAACAAGUAAUGGAUUAAUGAUGUGAAAGAGAAAAAGGACCUGGUUUUUUGUUUUUUUUUUUUUGGUUUUUUGAGACAGGGUUUCUCUGUGUAGCUUUGCGCCUUUCCUGGAACUCACUUGGUAGCCCAGGCUGGCCUCGAACUCACAGCAAUCCGCCUGGCUCUGCCUCCCGAAUGCUGGGAUUAAAGGCGUGCGCCACCACCGCCCGGCAGGACCUGGUUUUAAAGUGACAUUUGUAUAAUAUGGCAACCAUGAAUAGGCAGUGACAACAAGUUUGUGUCCUUUAUUUAAAAGUGCUGGCAAGUGGUCACCUGUGCACAUUUGGAGAAGCGAUGGCACCAGCACCGUGGUAGAAGAAUCCUGCCUCUGGGCAAUCCUAGCUUCUAUAGCCUCCCCCCCGCCAGCACCCUUCCCUCAGCAAGACUCUGGCAAGUAGGAUUGAGUGGCCUGAAUUCAGGGUGGAGAGCUCAGAGAUCAGUGCAUUGGUGAUGGUGGAUGGCCUCAGCAGGUAGUAAAGAUGAGAGAUAGCCAGAUCAAGCUAAGAAUUGUGAUACCACACAGUAUUAGACUGUUGCAGAAAUUGAACCAGUUUGCCUUCCAGUCAGCUUACGAUAAAUUCAACAAGGAUAUGCAGAAGUUGGCAAACUAUCAAAACUUGCCUAUUUUGAUGAAAUAGUGUAGGUGUGGUGUGCUGCUGGGAGACCAUUUGCAGAAUAAGAAGACUUUACAUCAUGACAUAGCAUGUCUUGCAACUUACUAAAGACCAGGAGUAGGAACUAAAAUGUUACACCCUGUCCUAAACAUCUGUGAGAAAUGUGGCACUUUUGAUAGGAACAGAUCAUCAGGGAGAGAUUCUCCAGGAAGUUGGCUUUGAGAUUAUUGAGACAAGAACAACUACCACAAGAAGACAGAGCCUUCGGUGCUCAUGUGCUUAGAAAAUUGAAAGUCUCUUCUGGAUGGGAUGAAGAUUCAUGAAAGACCUCAAACAACUGAACAAAUUACAUUUUUCCCCCCUUGCUAGUGGCCAAAUAAAUGAGAAACCGUUGAUUAUCCGCACUGCAGCUCUUUUCCUCUCCUGGUUUUGUUUGUUCUGCUUCUGUUCCUCUUAAGGUUUUGCACUGCAGCUCUUUUCCUCUCCUGGUUUUGUUUGUUCUGCUUCUGUUCCUCUUAAGGUUUUGAUACUUUCAGGGACUUUUUAAAUAAUAAAAGUCAUGGCUUUUAACUGACCUGAAGAAAUUGAUUACUAGUUUCUUUUUUUUUUCAGUACAUCAAAUAUAAUAUAACCUUAAAAAUGGAGUUAUAUCCUUAUAGAUUAAUAUAUCCCUAAAUAAACCUGAUGCAGGUGUUUUCUCUUGGGCAUAUGAGAAAAUACAUUUAAAAAAAGUAGAUGGACUUGUGGCACAAUACUUGUGUUUAAUGUCAACUAUUACAAGUUGUUAAUCAUGUGGCCACGCAUUUGAUAAUAUAUGAAAUCUCUAGACACUGUUUUUGAAACACAACUUAGCUAAUGGUAUUGCUUAUCUAUUGGAGAACAUCCCAGAUUUGAUUACAUUCUGAACCUAUAAUACUUAGAUUAAAGAUUUGGAAUAAAUGGAAUUAUUCAAUAUUCCCUCUAUUCUUGGAAAGUUAGAAGUAUAGGUGUUAAUAUAAAUAUCACUAUGACUUCCUACUUACAGGUCUGGUUUAUGCCAGAUCAUUUUCAGGCUCUUAGGGGAUAGCUCUGACAGGUUGAUAACUUUGUAAUGUAAGAGACGUGAAAUGCUCAUGUUUUCCUUAUAUUGUUUCAUUGCUAAUACUUGAAUAUUUUUAGAUUGUCAGAAGUCAUCAUUAGCUCAUGAAAUGUUUGCAUUAGAUUUUAAAGCAGUAUAGAGA